UGCCAACCACGUUUGUUGUGUCCAUUGGCUGAUCCCAUCAUCGCGCACUUGGCUCUCAAACCCUUACCCUGGUCCUGGCCUCUUCUCCCUCUCUAUCGCUUCCUCUCUGUCCCUCUCUUUCUCGCUCUCUCUUCUCCCGCCCUUCUCUCCUCAACAACUUCAAACCUGCAAGCCCUGAAUGUGGCUUAAAUUUUUCCUACAAUCUGCGGGGGAAAUAAUUUGUGAGAUAGAAAGAGAGAAAGAGAGAGAGAGAGAAUUGAAGGUUUCAACCGCGUUCGAGAUUUGGAACGAAGACAAAGAUAAAAUUAAUUUAGAGAGAGAGAACGACGAAGAACACCGCCGCCGCCGGCAGAAGAUUUUUUUUUUUCCUUGGUGAAGGUUAUUCAAGACGCAUUCAUUGGCCGUCAUGGGAAAAGGACGAAGAAAGGGGUGGAAGAGCUUAUCUUCAGAAGCUGCCCAGAUCGAUUGUAAUCUUUAACAAAUGACAAUUUUCGUUAUUUGGAUCUAAUUGCAAUUUUUCUCAUUGAGAAUUGAGGUUGAGGCUCUCUGAGUGAUCAAUUAAAAAGAUUUGGUGGUUUGGUUUGCGACCAUUUGAUUGGUGAUUAUGACGACGACGAUUGAGGGUCCGAUGGAUCCCACGCUUUUGGACGACAUUAUUCGAAGACUUCUGGAAGGAAAAGGGGGGAAACAGGUUCAAUUAUCGGAGAGUGAGAUCCGGCAGCUCUGCCUCCACGCCAGACAUAUCUUCCUCUACCAGCCCAAUCUCCUUCAUCUCCACGCUCCCAUCAAAAUAUGCGGUGACAUACAUGGACAAUACCAAGAUCUUUUGAGACUGUUUGAAUUUGGUGGCUUCCCCCCUACUGCAAACUAUCUUUUUCUUGGGGAUUAUGUGGAUCGUGGAAAGCAAAGCUUAGAGACUAUAUGUUUGCUUCUAGCCUACAAAGUGAGGUAUCCUAACAAUAUCUUUCUUCUCAGGGGAAACCAUGAAGAUGCAAAAAUCAACAGAGUAUAUGGCUUCUAUGAUGAAUGUAAAAGGAGGUUUAACGUCCGACUAUGGAAGAUUUUCACUGACUGCUUUAAUUGCUUGCCUUCGGCUGCACUCAUUGAUGAAAAGAUAUUGUGCAUGCAUGGAGGUAUCUCACCAGAGAUGGAUAAUUAUAAUCAAAUAAAUAACAUUUCAAGGCCUACUGAGAUUCCAGAUAAUGGUCUCCUUUGUGAUUUGCUUUGGUCUGAUCCUAAUUCCAAUAUUGAGGGCUGGUCUGAGAGUGAUCGAGGUGUGUCAUGCAUGUUUGGAGCUGACAGGGUUGAUGAAUUUUUGGAUAAGAAUGAUCUUGAUCUAAUUUGCCGGGGCCAUCAGGUAGUGGAGGAUGGAUUUGAGUUCUUUGCGAAACAAAGAUUAGUCACAAUAUUUUCAGCUCCAAACUAUGGUGGUGAAUUUGAUAAUGCAGGUGCUUUAUUGAGUGUGGAUGAAGCUUUAAUGUGUUCUUUUGAAAUCUUGAAACCUGUUGAAAACAAACCAGUUGAAAACAAACCAGCUGAAAACAGGCCUGUUGAAAACAAACCUUUAGAAAACAAGCCAGCAUCAUGUAGUGCUAAUACAUCAGGAUUGACUCUUAAGAAGGUUCUCCUAUCAACGGGCUCUCCUGAUUUUCUCUAAGCAGCUCCAGUAAAGUGUAAAAGUUAAGAGUCACCUUUAAAGAUUUGGUUCGUUAAUCGAGAGGGAUGUCUCCUGGGAGCUUGGUUUUGAUGUAGUGUUUUUUUUUUCCCUUUAUGCUUUUCGUUUGGAUCAGCAUCAGCAUCAAUCAAAAACUCUCAUGAAAUCAAAGCUUGUCGAUGAUUCAAGCCUGUAUAAGGUACUGUAGUACACCAUGUGUAAAUUAACAGGUCACAGUAGCCUCUAUACAGGAACUAAAAGGGCUAGUUUGUUUCAGGUUUUUCCUCAAUCAGAAGAUCCAUUGUUGUAGUUGUUUGCAGCUUA